AUGAAAAGCAUCCACUCCCUGGCUGGUAUCCUCCUGGUCCUCGGCUUUGUCCAGAGCAGCUGGCAGGUUCCUCUGCUUGAGGCUGACGACAACUCAAGUUUUGAGGCAGAUGACACAUUAGGGGAUGAGGUGAGGGAGCUGUCGAACAUGAAGAGACACUCGGAGGGAACUUUCUCAAACGACUACAGCAAAUAUCUGGAGGACAGGAAGGCACAGGACUUUGUUCGGUGGCUGAUGAACAACAAGAGGAGCGGUGCUGCAGAAAAGCGCCACGCAGAUGGGACUUUCACCAGCGACGUGAGCUCCUACCUCAAGGACCAGGCAAUCAAAGACUUUGUUGCCAGGCUCAAGUCUGGACAAGUCAGAAGAGAAUCUGAAACGGACAGGCGGGGUGAAGCGUUCAGCAGGAGGCAUGUAGAUGGAAGCUUCACCAGUGACGUGAACAAGGUGCUGGACUCCAUGGCUGCCAAGGAAUAUUUACUCUGGGUCAUGACCUCCAAACAGUCAGGGGAGAGUAAGAAAAGACAAGAGGACCAAUGAGACACUUCCUCAAGGACUCCCUCUGGGUGCUGCACACAAAGCCAUAUAGGAGGAAUAGAAAGCCAUACCGCUUUGCAUGUUGUAAUGUCUUUUUUACUUACUACAUGUGAUGCAAAGAUACAAAAGCUACCACUCUUCCAUAGUUUUUAUGGUGCACCAGAGAGAAGAAAUGAAAUUGAGGGCAUAUUUUUUCUACAAAUUUAAAUUAUUUUCUAUAUUUUUAAGGCGAAAAACAACAACACAAAAAGUG